AUGGAGUGCAGCAGAGGCGAACGGCUCUCUAUCACCCUGGCCAAGAAUCGGAUAAAUCGAGCUCCGGAGCGGGCAGGGAAAGCCAAAGUGGAGGUGGACAUUUUCGAGCUGCUGAGAGACAGCGAAUAUGAAACAGCCGAGACCAGUAUGUAUGGCUCUGGGACCUGGGUUUUGUGAGCAUUGCUCAAUUUCUAAGCAGUAAUAACAAUAAUAGUAAUAACUGGAAGUGUCAGCUUCUGAACUAGAGAUCCUACCUUUGUGCAGAUGUCUUACUGCUGUUUCUGUGGUUUUCUGUUGCAAACUCAUGGCCCCCCCUUUCCCAUUUAUUCUCAUGACAACCCUGUGAGGCAGGUUAGACUAAAAGGUAUUGACUGGUCCAGGGUCAUCCAGUGAGCUUUAUGGCAGAUUUGAACACCACACCACCCUUGCUCUCAGUUCCUGCUUGGAUAAAGAACUAGGAAAAAGAGUUCCAUGUGGAGAGAGAUUGCUAAGCACUCUGGGAAUUGUAGCUCUGUGAGGAGACGUCUAACAACUCUCAGCCCCUUAAACUACAGCUCCUGGAAUACUUUGCAGGGAAACUGAAAUAUACUUGGAGUCGAGAGUGGAUUUCAUGCUCUUUAUUCAGCUCAUAGUGGUGAGGAGGAAUGGAAUUCCCCCAGAAUGUCUGCUUUAUAUACAUUAUUUACACAAUGGGCCCCACGUGAUUGGCUAAUUCCAGGAUUCUCCUGCAGGCCAAUCAGGUCACGGAUUCACUUCCACCUGGAGCUGGAAGGUGGCUCCUGUGGACCAAUCAGACUGCUGCAUUCUGAAUCCUAUUGUUCUAGGACCAAUCAGACUGCUGCAUUCGGAAUCCUAUUGUUCUAGGACCAAUCAGACUGCUGCAUUUUGGAUCCUAUUCAACUCAGUACAUAACAGAAACCAUGACUGUUGGAGUGGUAUCACAGUGCUUUGAAUGUGUGGUGUGAAUGUGGCUCAAUUUUUUUCUUGUCUUCUUCCCGUGAGACAUUGGGGUUGGACUUGAUGACCCCUGGGGUCCCUUCCAACUGUACAGUUCUAUGAUUUAUGGUCCCUCCUAUGCAUUACAUUCAGAAAGAGACGUUCCUCUGCAUCCUUAUCGCCAUAAGCAAUCUAAUUGGAACCAACGGGAUUACUCACAAAUAGUAAGCGUUGUGCUUGAUUCUAGGCUCCAAGAAGAUCAGGACUCACAUUAGUAACACUGCAUGUCUCUUUAGCUGUGACAGUGCCCUCAAGACAUUGGCCUGUGAUAAUUACCUAAAGUGUGUAAUGGGGUUUGAUAAUGGCCUAGCAGGAUGGCUGUGCUCCUGACGCUGAGCCCCUUUCUCAAUUUAUGAAGCACACGUGAGUAAAGACCGUAAAAUUUUCAUCAUGCUCCUGGCUUGCUGCAUGGGGCACUUCCAGAGCAGGAACAUUGGUUAGGGUAUUAAAAUACAUUAGCUAGCAUUUAUCAAUUAACACGCUGUAAACACCACUUUGCGCCUCGUUAUAAAGGCGCGAAUGUUUGCAAUACCUCUUGGGUCUCAUGCUUUAUAAUCCUGGCGAUUCUCUUCUUGGAAUUCCCACACAUAGACUCAUCACAUUUACAGGAUUUCUCUGAUUUUAGCACAUUUAAAGCACAUGAAUCUCAGCUUUCGUCUUGUUGUUUAAAGUUAGCUUUUAGCUUUGCCAGGUGUGAAAUAUAUAUAAAAUACUGCCUACUGUGAAUCCAGAAAGCAAGGAGGACAGAAAUCCACAGAAGUGGGCUCUAGCACGAGCUAUUAGCUAUGGCAAUUAAGUGAAUACUGAUGCUUUGAAUGUUUGCCCACCAACUUUUUUUGAAGGGCACAUGGGGAACUUUUGUGCAGACCAAAUUGCUCCCCCUUCAAGCAGUAUAUUUUGCGCUGCUAUUGACAGCUGUCGCAUCCCCUCUUAUCUGCUGCUUUGACAUUUCCCUCUCCAGUUCCUGCCCUUCUUUCUCCUUCUCCAAGAGAUCCCAGCCAGUUAGGGACCACCUAACUGUGUUGAUGCUACAGUGCCACAUAGGUAGCAGUAUCUGAAUGCAUAGUGAAUUGUCAGUACGUUUCCAAGCACAAUUCAAAGUGUUGUGCUGACCUUUAAAGCCCUAAACGGCCUUGGUCCAGUAUACCUGAAGGAGCGUCUCCACCCCCAUCAAUCCACCCAGACACUGAGGUCCAGCUCCGAGGGCCUUCUGGCGGUUCCCUCGCUGUGAGAAGCUAAGUUACAGGGAACCAGGCAGAGGGCCUUCUCAGUAGUGGUGCUGACCCUGUGGAAUGCCCUCCCUUCAGAUGUCAAAGAGAAAAACAACUACCAGACUUUUAGAAGACAUCUGAAGGCAGCCCUGUUUAGGGCAGCUUUUAACAUUUAAUAGGUUAUUGUAUUUUAAUAUUCUGUUGGAAGCCGCUCAGAGUGGCUGGGGAAACCCAGCCAGAUGGGUGGGGUAUAAAUAAUAAAUUAUUAUUAUUAUAUAUUAUCAUUAGGCCAAGGGAAAUGGAAAGGGAGGGCAAUGCUUCCUGCCCAUAUUAUGAUUAGCUAAACACUUUCACUUACUCCCUUUUUGCAAGCUUUCCCACCCCACCCCACCCCCCAAAAAAUGCCCAAAGAGGAUGAUUGGGCAGCAGAUAAUGGUAUUUGCAAAAAGUUCCCCACCUGUCUCUUAGCUCACCCUAUAAAUAGUAACCCUAUCUUCAGAGGUUCCUUUUUAAAGCUGUCUAAGCUCAUGGAUACUAGAACGUAUUGAGGGAGCCAUCAGAGUUCAUUGCAGAGAGUGUGGAAGGCCAUGGUUUACGUGUCCCAAAUUCCCCUCAACGUUUUGGAAUCAACUCAUGCUGAAAUCAGCUCAUAUUCAAAACUUCAACCAGUUCUUAACAUUCGGAGCGUGGAACUUCAGGCAAGAAGUCCUCAAGUCCUGCAAAGUUGGCAUUCAGUGGUUUGGAAACAGAAGCUUUUUUUUUUUACGGUAGACUGCCCUGUCUGUCCCUGAUGCCUGAAAGCCCCUUUCGUACUUUAGUGACAUCCUUUAGUGACAUCCCAGACAUCCCAGAGAUGCAGUGUUAAUAUUUCCACUCACCAAGCGGAAGAGCACUCAAAAGAUGAGGAAUUGGAUAAAAGCAAGAUUCCCAGACCACCCUCUGCUUGCCUCUCCCCCACCCUUCCAGCUUUUAGGUCAUCUAAGAAAUAGGCUCCAUAAAUUUAAGGAUUUGCUAGUGCUCAGGUUUUGCCUGCCUUUUCACCUUUGGCUCUGUGCAAUUGCUUGUUAUGGCGUACAAUAUUAAUAGAAGCCAUUUAGAUACUUUAACCUAUGGCUGCGAGGCUUUCAAACAUCUCUUUAAUACCAUUGUCAGGUUUCGGGCAUUUUGAAUUACUCCUAAGUACCGCUGUUAGCUGCCUAAAUCUCAUAUCCCCACAAUUACAUGCAUCUAGAAUGAUGACAUUAUGUAUUCUAUACUAUUAGCAUUUUAAAGAGGGUCCUAUGAGAUACACAUUCAUCCUUUUCCCCAUCUCUUCCUGUCUUUUUUGCUUAUUCCAUUUCUUUCCUCCUCUCCUCUUUUCCCCUUUAUUAAAUCUUCAAAGAUAAUACAUGAAUAUAGAAAGGCAUCCAUCAGCGAAAAAGAAAGGGAGGGGGGACAAGGAAGAAAAGAAACAUUACAUCAUCUGCUCUACAAUAAAAUGAUUGUGAUGUAGUUCUUAACCAGUAAAAUCCUCUCUCUCUCUCUCUCUCUCUCUCUCUUCCUUUGCCCCAUUCCAUCUCACAGAUUUCCCUACUAUGCAAAUUUAUCUCACCAUUAUGAUAAUAUCUCAAACUCCUCUGAACUGUUCUAUGAGAAGCUGGAGUAGAGGGUUGAGCUCCAGAUCAGCAGCUAACUACUACAGUAUUAAUAAAUAUAAAAAAAUAAAAAAUUGUCCAGUAGCACCUUAGAGACUAAGUUUGUUCUAGGUAUGAGCUUUCAUGUGCAUGCACACUUCUUCAGAUACACUGAAACAGAAGUCACCAGACCCUUAUAUAUAGUGGGAGGGUGAGGUUUUCCUCAGAAGCGUAGUAGGAGAUGGGUGAUUGACUCAAUGGGUAUGGUAAGCCUGUUGAUGACUGCAAUUAGUCCUACAGGAAAAAGCAAGGGAUAGUAUGCAGAUGACCAAAACCAGCUUUAGCAUGUAUAAUGAGACAAGAAUCCCAUAUCUCAGGUCUCUCCAUAGUUUUCAGUUUAGUAAUAACUUGUAAUUCAGCAACUUCUCUUUCAAGUCUAUUUCUGAAAUUCUUUUGUAAUAAGACAGCUGCUUUGAGAUCCUGUAUUGAAUGUGCUGGGAGAUUGAAGUGUUCUCCUACUGGCUUCUCCGUCUUGUGAUUCCUGAUGUCAGAUUUAUGUCCAUUUAUCCUUUGGCGUAGGGUUUGGCCUGUUUUGAUUUACUGCCUGUUAUUCGAUUGUGGGCUUAACAGUGUAAGAAGAAUUUGCUGGAUCAAGCCAAUGGCCCACUUGUCCUCACCAUGGUCAGGAAACCGGCAAGCAUUACCUAGGCACAGGGCACACUCCCUUCCUGCAGUUUCCAGCAACUUGCAUUCAAGAGCAUUACUGUCUCUGACCAUGGAGGCAGCACAUAACCAUCAUGGCUAGUAGUCAAUGAUAGCCUUCUCCCACAUGAAUUUGCCCAUCCAGAUUGGUAGCCAUUACUGCCUCUAGUGGGGAGAGAGUUUCAUAGCUGAACUAUUUGUUGUUGUUGUUGUUGUUGUUGUUGUUGUUGUUGUUGUUGUUGUUUAGGCAUUUAGUCGUGUCCGACUCUUGGUGACCCCAUGGAUCAGAGCACGCCAGGCACUUCUGUCUUCCACUGCCUCCCGCAGUUUGGUCAAACUCAUGCUGGUAGCUUCGAGAACACUAUCCAACCAUCUCGUCCUCUGUCGUCCCCUUCUCCUUGUGCCCUCCAUCUUUCCCAACAUCAGGGUCUUUUCCAGGGAGUCUUCUCUUCUCAUGAGGUAGCCAAAGUAUUGGAGCCUCAGCUUCACGAUCUGACCUUCCAGUGAGCACUCAGGGCUGAUUUCCUUAAGAAUAGAUAGGUUUGAUCUUCUUGCAGUCCAUGGGACUCUCCAGAGUCUCCUCCAGCGCCAUAAUUCAAAAGCAUCAAUUCUCCGGCGAUCAGCCUUCUUUAUGGUCCAGCUGGAGGAGGAACCGGCAAGCCACUCCAGUAUCCCUGCCAAGAAAACUCCAUGGACGAUGACAACAGCUGAACUAUGCGCUGCAUGAAAAAGUACAUUCUUGUAUCAGUCCCAAAUCUCCCAACAUUCAGCUUCAUUGAAAGUCCAAGAGUUCUGGUCUUAUGAGAGACGCAGAAAAACUUUUCUCUCUUUACUCUCUCCAUGCCGUGCAUAUUGUUUCUUAUACACAUCUAAGAUGCUGCAUCUUUUUCUCCAAACUAAAAAGUUGCAGAUUCUGUGACCUUUCCUCACAGGAAAGUCACCCCGUCCCCUUGAUCAUUUGGGCUGCCCUUAACUGAAACUUUCCCAACCCUACAAUAGGGUCAGAUAUUUCCACCUGUUCUCUGAUAUCAAGAAAGAUCAAGCGACGUUUUUCUGUUGCAUCAUGGUGUCUCCUGAUGUCAGUAGUAAAAAGGAAGGCCCAUUGUGCUCUAGCCUUGCAAUUGACACAGAUGUACCCACACGCUGCUCACGGAGGACUAGGCACCCUUGUCUGCAACACUCUGCCCUCCUUCGCCAAUUAAGCCAGAUGGCGUGACUUCUCAUCUUUUAAAUAGGCUGUAUAGCUUUAGACAUCUCUGAACAGGAAGAGGAAGAAACAUGAAGUCAACACAAACAGGUCACAAUUGCCCUGCUGCUCAGAACUACCAUUGACUCCAGGGGAGGGAGGGGGCAGAAAGAAAGACCUUUCUAUAGUUUUGCACACUGUUCCAGACCCUCCAAGUGUCUCUAUUUUCCAGGGACAGUCCCAGAUUUCCAGAAGCUGUCCUGGUUUCUGAUUUGAUCACAGAAAGUCCCGCUUUUCCUUAGAAAGGUAUGGAGUUACGUAACCCCCAAGCCAAGGAGAUAAGUAACCAUGCAACCUUUAGAAGACAUCAGAAGUAUAGGGAAGUUUUUUCAUGUUUAAUAUUUUUUAUGUUUUUAGGUAUGUUGGAAGCUGCCCAGAGUGGCUGGGGCAACCCAGUUAGAUGGGUGGGGUAUAAAUAAGAACAUUAUUAUUAUUAUUAUUAUUAUUAUUAUUAUUAUUAUUAUGAUCCCUAUUUUCAUCAGAGGAAUGUCAAAGGGUAUGACUGCUCUAUAAAGCUUCUCCAAGAGACAGGAAUUUGGAAUCUUCUAGAAGACUCCUGAAGAAUUUGUAAUUGGAAUAAAUCUUUCUCUUCAUUUAUUAAAGUUCUAAUAAAUUAUUGCUUGCAAUUCUGAAUUAUUAUUUGACCAGCUAAUUGGCCAAUGUUAUAUAUAUAUAUAUAAAACACACAAUUAAAUCUAAAAGCUGAUUGGAACCUUGCAAAUUUCCAAUUUUGAGUUAUAAUUGACUAGGCUAUAAAUAUACAAUACCGAACUGGUUCUCCAUCUUUUAUUUUCCUGCUCAAAAAGCUGGUUUUGAGGGAGGGGGGAGAUAAUUUUUAUAUUUAAAGAGGGUUUUUUCAGGGUUUUAAUCUCUUUCUAAACCAGAACAAAUGCAGUGACUUCUUAAUCGGGUUCAAGUGUGGCUUGACAUGGUGCCUCUGUACCAAACAAAAGGCAACAAUGUUGACUGAUUCUUGUAAGAAAAAGCACAGCAAAUUACUGUGUAUUGGAAUGAGCCAGCAGUGGAAAAAAUGGAAAGAAAAAGGUUAUUGAGAGGGGCACUCUUUGCAAUUACAGGUAAAACCUGCCUUCCUUGUUUCUUUGACUUCCUAAAUCUCUUUAUAGAAGGCAAUGUGGCCUAUGUAAUUGUAAGCCGGCUUACUCAGAAGGUCUAGAAAGGAGCUCUUCCUGCUUCCCUCCCCUUCACCAGUCCAUCUCCUGCAGUCUUUUCCAUUGUGACACUUUUGUAAAUUUCUCUCCAUUCAUUAUAAGGACCUACAUGGAAGCUUUGCACCCGGCCAAAUGAAUGGGAGGAUUUGGGGCUUUAAUUUAAAACAGGGAAGACAAUAUUUCAGAGGCUUUAAGCUGGUCUUCUGUCUAGGUUUAGUGGGACGUAUUAGAGCAGGAAGGGAGGUUAGAACAAGUUUCUGCUCAAAGAUGUUACCAUGGUGUGAUGAAUUGUGAUCUCUGGACUGGCCUCAAAAGGCAUUUAGUCUGUGUGUGAUGAGCAGCAGAGGGCAGGGGAAGAUUAAAUGAGUCAGCAAGAGAAGCUGUCAUCUCUAAUUGAGCAUGGUGCGGAAUGAGGAGGGGCUCCUCAUCUUACUGCAAAACCUGUUUAAAAAACAGGGGAAAUGGGGACGGGGUAGAAUUCCACAGGAAUAAUCUCAUACCAACAUAUUCAGUCCUCCUGGACCAUAAAGAUACAGCUAGAGGAGCUCAUCACAUCCUUUGGGCUCUGUAUGCUAUCUGUAAAAAUGCAGUUAUUUGGAGAAUAGUGUGUUUAAGUAUAUUGGGGCAGAUCUGCAGCAGAGCAGACCUCCCACCUAGUCAUGGGCAAUUCCAUUUACAUUUCUCUCUGUUUCUCAUUUUCCCAGGCUUAAGUUCAUUUCCACAUCAUUUUGAGAUUUUUAAUUAUUUUUUAAAGCCGUCAUGAAAAUUCAUUAGGGAAUUUGCCAGAAUAACCAUUAAGAAGGCCCGGGAAACACAAUCUGUGGUAGAGAAAUCUAGAGGAACUUCAAACAACCAAUUAAACAUGAUUACUGUGGGCGGAGAGGUUUCCUAAGGCAAGGUCUCUUCCCGCUCCUGGGCAUAUUUACAUGCCUCACCUGUGGCCCCCACAGCAAAGGGUUGAAAGGAGUUCUUCCUCCUUGCUACAGAAACCUUGGUUAUGUGAACCUGGCAAGUGCAACGUAGCCCCACCAGUUUGGCUAUCAUGCCUUAACUGGUACCCCUACAGACCCUUGAUGCCAAAGCAGCCUGACCAAAGAGUGCCUGGUACCCAAAAACUCUUGAGGUAUUCAUCCCACCAGCUCUUAACUUGUCCUUUCCCACCCAGAACAAAACCCACUCCACUUCCCAACAGUACAGAUUAGGCAAAAAAAGAAGAGUCCCAAGGCCAAACAGGAGCUCACCCAAACAUUCCUACUCAGCCCCCAAACAAGCAACUAAUAAAGGUCAUACAGCAAAAACAGGUUAAGAGGUCACUUUGAAGAUACGAGUGAUGAGUUUGGGGAGUAAUCUGCUUAUGAAGUCUAGCUUCAUUCCUGUCUUGAUUGGCCCCUUGGUCCACCUGACCGUAUUCCAGCUCAUCGGGGGGGGAGGACACAAUUCUGAGUCUUUUUUCAGGGGUGCUGGAAUGUGGCAGAUUCACCCCCAUGCAAGAAUGGGAGCAUCAAUUUCCCAACAGGCACAUUUCUGCAUGCAAUUUUGCAUAAUAUACACAUUUUUUCAAAGCAAUUCCCCCCAAUGUAUUGAAUCUUUGUAUGCUAUUUUUAACUAAUUAAUGCAUUUUUAUGCACUGUUUACCCUAGUGUGUGUUAUAUUUGAGUACAUUACUUGACUGGAAAACUGUGUUGCAAAAUUGGCAAAGUGAGGCUCUCAAAGGAGGGUUCUGUUUUGGUUCAUGGAUUGUUUCAGAAAGUAUGAAUUGCAUGGUUUUCUCUGUAAAGGAGGAGUAAAAUCAAAUUUCUUCCCAAUGCCUAUCCAGACCUUCCCUCUUAAUUUUCAGCUUUCUUUCUCCCCACCCCCAUCCUUUUUUUAAAAAAAAAAAAAAGAUAACACAGCAUCACAUCUCUAACUUUUUCUUGUGCAGAUAUAAAGUGUGCAGGCAUCAUUCUACCCAGCUGGGUACCAAAAAGUUAAGCUGCUUUCACUCUGUUCCCUUGCCACAGAAUGUCUGUCUUUGGGACCACACAGAAAACCUCUGAAUUUCCGUUUUCAUCUGCUCUUUUGAUCCUCUCCCACUGCACCAGAGUCAACUUUUCCAGGGGGACAAGGAGCUGCAAUGGUAAAAGAGAUCCUAGAAACCUUGGAACUCCAUUGCAAGCAUAAAAGAUAAGAGCAUAAGAGGAGCCUGCUGGAUCAGGCCAAUGGUCCAUCUAGUCCAGCAUCCUGUUCUCACAGUGGUCAACCCACAAGCAGGACCUGAGUGCAACAGCACUCUCCGUCCUUUGAGAUAGAGAUAGAGAGUUUAGCCUGGCUCUCAUUGGACUGAAUCUGUGUGCAUCGCCUAAGAGACAGUGGGCAUUGUCGAACUCAAGGAAUGCUGACCACUUGUUGGAAGUAUGAUGAUGAUGAUGAUGAUGAUGAUGAUGAUGAUUUAUACCCCGCCCAUCUGUCUGGGAUUCCCCUGUCACUCUGGGUGGCUUCCAACAAAAUAUUAAAAUACAGUAAUCCAUCAAACAUUAAAAGCUUCCCUAAACAGGGCUGCCUUCAGAUGUCUUCUAAAAGUCUGGUAGUUGUUGACAUCUGGUGGGAGGGCGUUCCACAGGGUGGGUGCCACUACCGAGAAGGCCCUCUGCCUGGUUCCCUGUAACUUGGCUUCUUGCAGUGAUGGAACCACCAGAAGGCCCUUGGCGCUUCUGUAUGAAACUGAAUCCAGCUUCAUACAGCAACUCUCCCUUCCUGUAGUUUCCAGGAGAAAAAACAACAUCCUUUUCUCUAUCCACUUUCUCCCUGCCAUGCAUAAUUGUAUAGAUUUCUAUCAUGUCACUCCUUACUCACCUUUUCUCUAAACCUGUCCUCAGACUGCAGCCACUCCAUCCCCUUGAUCAUUUGGGUUGCCUUUUGCUGAACCUUUUCUGACUCUACAGCAUCCUUUUCUGAGGUUUGAUCUCUCUGGGGCUAUUGAUUCCAUCUAGGAAUUCAGCUGGAUAUUGUAAUACUGGCAUGGACAGGCAUUUAAUGUUCUCUUUAGCAAGCGGAAGGCUGAACGAGCUUCUAACUGCAUGUGACAGCUGUGUUUUGUUUUGCUUUGCUUAAUUUGAAACACUGGUUGUCUGCUUUAGAGAAUUCGGAUCUUAGCAGGAUGGGAUUUGAGAAAUGAAUUGUUAACUGCUUCAUGGUUCGUGAGCCAUCGAUAUUGAGCAGUGUGCCCAGGCACCCAGAACCCUUAGCCUGUUCUUUGUCAUAUCAUCACCAUCAUCAAAUUUAUUGCCAGCCCUUCACCAGCGCAUCCCAGAGUAAAUUGCCACAAUUCAGAAUUUAAAACAGUUAAAACAGGCUACCUUCGCAGGAAUAGGGUGGGCUCUGAAGACACCUAUCUCUUAGGAGACAGUGCCUUUACAGCAUUCGCUGAAAGCUGUAUAGUGAAGAUGGCAGAUACACCUCUGUUGGGAGGAACUUUCAUGAUUUAGGGGCUGUUGCAGAGAAGGCCCUCUCCUGGGCCAUCACCACCUGAAACCUCUGAGGGUGGAGGAAGUACCAAGAGCACCCCUUCUGCUGAUCUUGGCACCCAGUAGGGUCUGUAGAAAAGGAGGCAGUUACUUAAAUAUUAAUAUCAAAGAGGUUCAGUAAACACCCCCAAAGAGGAGAUCACAAGUGACCAAAAAGGUUGUAUCUGAGGAGACAUCUUUUGUAAUCAUGCAAGGCUGGGAGGACUAUGAGGAUGAGGAGGCUGGCCAUAAAAUAAUAGAAUUGUGGAGCUGAAAGGGAUCCCAAGGGUCAUCAAGUCCAACCCCCUACAAUGCAGGAAUCUCAACUAAAGCAUCCAUGACAAAUGACCAUCCAACCUUUGCUUAAGAACCUCCAGUGAGGUUUAAAACACGACUUCAGAGGCAUACUUGCUGCUCACUGCCUCUGAGGGAAAUUAGUACCCUGGCAUUCUAACGACAGGUGAGUGGUCCUUCCAACCUGUCAAAGUUGUGUCAUGUGAGGGGGUGGGGGAGAUAGUGUCUUGGUUCAAUACAGCUUUCUGAAGGAUUCAGGUGUGUGAGAGAGUUUUCCACAGGGAAGCCUCUUAUGCACCCAAACCAAGAAUUCAGUCCAGCUUACUGCAGGGGUCAGCUGCAUGGGCAGCAAAUCCUGUCAUAUCGAAUCUUGGGCAGGUGGCCAUGUUUUUGGGGAAAUGGUCUCAUGGGUCUAAUGGAGAGGUUUGGUGGGCUCAGUCUAGCCUGUGAGCCAGAGGUUCCCAACUUCUGUUCUACAUGGACCAAUCCACUGCCAUCUUCACUUCACUUCAGCUCCUAAUUCCACUGGACGUUUUCACCUUGAAAUGCUAAGUCUGUUCUCUCUCACACACACACCCAUCACUUUUCUUUUUCCUUUUUCCUGUGGAGGUUGUUCGAGCUCUGUUGUUAUGACAACUUAGCCCCUUCUCCUGGCCUUUUCUCCUCAGCUACCUGCGAGACAAAGGGUGACAAAGCCUUCAGCUAACUUUCCCUCUUUACAUGUGUGACAAAAACCAACAAACAAACCCACAACACCAUCCCCACCCACUGAAGACUUUUGACUCCUUCACACACACAUACCUCACAUGCAAACAAAGAUGGUUUCUUCUUAGUGCUUGAUACUCUGAAGCAUAAUUGAAAGCCCUCAGCUUUUGUGAGGGACCAAUGAAGGCUUCUUGAAUAGAAGGUACUUCCUGCAAAGUGCUUAUAUUCUUAUCUAUAAAGAGUGAGUUAAGGCAGGGACAAUUGCCAGGCAGCUGCUUUGUAAAGAAGAAAGAAGGCAAGUGUGGAAGAUUUCCAAAUAAGUUUGGAAGGGGACAUAAUAGACAUGCCAGGGAGGUAAAUGGGUUUAAGAUAAGGUUCUGCAUGUCAGGUUAGACCCAUGGAGAGAGAAAUUCAAGGUGCUCUUCUCCUGUUUCCUGGUGGCAGAAAUCACAGGAUCAUAGAUCUAUACCAAGUGCAAUUGACAUUUCUUCAAUAAUAGUGAGGUAGACUCUGAACCAAGUGCUUCACUGGUGUUCUUCAGAAUAAUAAGAAGUGGACAAAAAGGCAUAGUUGAGUGGUAGAACAUUUGUUUUGCAUGCAGAAGGUCCCAGUUUCAAUCCUCAGCAUCUUUUUUAAAAAAGUUAGUUUUUAUUGAAGUUUUUCUUGUCUUACAAAAUAAACAAGGGAAAGUACAUAUAUCAUCUCCACUUUCGAUUCAUAGAGUCUUUUUCACAGUUCGUUAAUGUUCAGUAUGAUACAUUAAUGUCACGGACAUCUUACGGUUGGGGGAAGAGAAGGGAGAAAGAAAAAGAGUGAGGAAGAGAUGGGGUAUUGUUCUAUUGUUCUAUUAAUCCCUGGCAUCUUCAGGUAGGAGUGGAAUGAGACCCCCUGCCUGAAACCCUGGAGACCAUCUGCCAAUUGUCUGAUUCAGCAUGAGGCAGCACCCUCUGUUCCAGAUUGCAGAGGUUGGCAGUCAGCCACCUUUGGUGCCAUCACAGAUGUACAGGCACAAACACAGACCCUAACCGUUGAUCAAUAAAGAUGGCAUCACCAAAACACAUGCGGUUUCAACAGUGUUAUAUUCAGGCACAGUAAUCCCAGCUGCACAGAGCCCCCAUAAGGAGAACCUAGUCUGCAUACUCUCCUCUCCCACUGGACUAUGAAAAGUCCCUGUUGCAAGUCUGGAUUAAGAGCCCUACCCAGAGUUUUGUAUAGAGUCCUAUUCUCAGGCUGGGUGAGAUUAGAGACAGGCUGACUCACUUCUGAUUGACCGUAGAAAUAGCUCGGUACAUUUUUUAAACCAGUCUGAGGUUCAUAAACCAUCUGGCCAGAGUCCCCAAAACUGUCCCACUUUUUAAUUUCCAUAUAGUGUGCCCUUAUGGGGCAGCAGAAAUGGCAAGAGGUCAUAUUGCCCUUGUUCCCUUUCAUAUUGCAUUUGAUGUGUUGCCACUUAAGUUGGGUACGGUGUUGGAAAAGAGGUUGGGGCUGGGUUGGUUGGAGGAAUCUUGGGAGUGAUGAUGAUUUAUUAGACUUGUUAGUCACUUGUUCCACAGAGGUCACAGCAUGUUUAAAAACAGAAAUACAUUAUAAUAUUAAUUCCUUCAUUCAAAAACACAAGUAACUGGCAUUUCCAUCGACUGCCAUUUGUUCCAGUUUAGCAUUGAACUGUGGGGUUUCUGGGGGGGACAGACGCUCAGACCUGUGCCUAGAAAGCCUAAAGGGGCUUGCAAAGCUCAUGUCUUCCUACAAGUUUUUAUAAGCCCUUGAGUUUGUAUUGAAUCUAAAGCUUGGAGAACUCCACUGACAUUCCUAGUUAAGAUACAAAUACCUGUGAGGCACCUGAAUUAAAAGUGCAGCAGUCAACAAGGGGCGCCAUCUUUAAACAUGGCCUGCACACAACACUGACAUUGUGUCAAAAUAUUUCUGCAGAGGGUGCAAAGAUACCUGCAGAAACCCUGGAAAUUGUAGGGUUUCCCAUGUCACCAUUUGAAAAGCUUUGUUCUAGAGAUAUAAUACACAGAGAGAAAGGAAUCAGAAGGGCAAGGAUGUGGGAGCUCUUGAGUGACUUCUCAAGAAGUCACCACCUCACACUCUCAGGAGCUGUGUCCUUGCGAAGGAGGGAUUUGGUCUGAAACCUCAGCAGCAUCUACGAUUUUUCUGUUAGAGAGAUGUCAUCAUCCCUAUUAUGAGAAAGGGCAGAGAAGGCCGGAUAUCUUAAUAGGGAAAAUUGAGAGUAACUCUCUGGAGUCUUGGCUCUCUGUACCAUCCUCAAGCCACUACAUUAUGCAUUCAUGGUUUUUUAAAUAUAAUAAAAAGGCUGAAAGUAACCAUUAUGAUAAUGUCCAGGUCUCUUGACAACGCAGAACCGUAGUCUUUUCUUCAAGGAUUUCUCAAUAAUGUAUGCUGAGAAUGCAAUAACUUUUUUUUCCAGAAAGAUUUGAAAUAACACAGAGGCCGCCAUGUCCCUGUAUAAACUAUUCUGACUUCAUUACUUUUGUUUUCAAUUUGGCUUUGUUCCCUCUUGAAGAGAUGUGGACAAUUAUGAGCAAUCGGUAGAGAAGUACUACGAUGCCCGGUAGUUUCACUUAAUUAAAUUGUUACAGCAGGCAAAGAGGUUGACCACUAGGGAUGGAGGAGAAAUUUUGUUUAAAAGCUGAAUCUAUCAAAUCCACACCUUCCAAAACAAAAUGUGAACCAAAUCACAGCUAUCCUUCAAAAAUGGCACUUAUCUGAAUUUUGCAAUGAGUGUUCCAACCAAGCUGUGUUUACAAAACUGCAUUUGUUGGGGCAAAUUGCUUGUAAAAUUGUGUACAUUGGUCAAAACUGUACAUAGAUACGUGUCUGUUAGGGGGGAAAUAGCACUAAAUUUGUGAUUCACCAUAUCUUAAGCAAAAAAACAAAUACAUACAUUAAAAACAGCAUUACGAAAGUGUAACAGACAAUGUGUGUGUGUGUGUGUGUGUGUGAGAGAGAGAGAGAGAGAGAGAGAGAGAGAGAGAACAUCCAUCGAUGCAAAAAAGUCAUAAAUAGCUAAAAGCCAAAGGCCUAAUGAAAGAAGAGGGGUUUUGCCUGAGGCCUAAAGAUAUGUAACAAGGGUGCCAAGUAAGCUUCAUUAGGGACAGCAUUCCACAAGUGGGGUGCCACCGCUGAAAAGUAUGUUAGGUGCAUCUGAAUGCUCAUUCUGCUACAGUCUGCUCACAUUGUCCUUUCCAUCACAGUUUAUCUUUCUUUUCACUUAUCACAGGGCUGCAGAUGGGGAAGGCGUUUGCAUCUGCGAAUGCUACCUCGUAGAGAAACACCUUUCCUGAAUGUGCUCAUAAUAGCUCAACAAAACAAGCAUCCAUGUGGCAUAGUGAUGUUGGAACAGGGAGAGCCAGGUUCAGAUUGCUAUUCAGCCAUGAAUCUCACUAGAUGUCCUCAGGCCAAUGGCCUGCAGCCUGAUCUGCUUUGUUCACUCGAGGUUACCAGUAACUCUUUCCUCUCUCUCUCUCUCUCUCUCUCUCUCUCUCUCUCUCUCUGGCUGACUUUCCCCAGUGUGCCAGAUCCUUCCAAAAGGGGUGGUUGGUGUUCUGGGACCAUCUUCAAGUCCUGCUUCCAGCUCCAUCAUCAGCAAUAUCUGUGGAGAGAAAGAGGUGAGUGUUGUGAAUCUUGCUCUCAGCACUGCAGCUUAUGGACAGAGGCUUGCAAUGCCUACAUGCAGCCAAGCAACUGGAGAUUAAGGGACAGGUCACAGCUCAGUGGUAGCACACUUAUUUCGCAUGCAGGAGUUCUCGAGAUCAAUAUUUGUUAUCUACAGUAAUCUACAGCACUCUCUCUCAAGCAUCGUUCUUUAACCCUGGGUCCCUAGGUGCUGUCAGGCUACGAAUUCUAAGAUCCCUGACAUUUGGCAAAGCCAUCUGGGGACUCAAGGUAGAAGGACGCUGCUCUGAAGGGUCAGAUAGCCAGGGAAGGAGGGGGGACCUCUCUGUCUGAGAACUUGGAAAGCCACUGCCAGACAAUUUGCACAGUACCAGGCAGAAUUGACCCAUUCUGAUUCUUCACUCCAAACUGGCUUUGCAGAUUAACACAUAUCCACCCCCCUUUUUGAUGUGAUCGUCCAAAGACGGCCUUGAAGGCGGAUUUUUGUCACUGGUGGAAAAGUUCGCAAAAAGCUGGUCCCCAGAUGCUGGUUUUCAGUGCAUGGCAGAAAUAAAUCCAUGUCUGAUCUCCUGGCAAUUAUGUUAGCGCUUACGCAACUACACCUCCCCUUCCUCCCAUCCUCAGUACUCCAUUCCUCUUUUUUUCUUUUUCUUUUUUUGGAGUCUUACAUCUAAUACAAAAUCCUCAUGGUAGGUUUCCAACCGGUGCACUUGAUUUAAUGUUGGAUAAGCCCCACGCUCCCUGUGCUGACCAAUCCCCAUUCCCAGGGAACAGAACGGAGCUCUCAUAAUUCACCCGCUUAACUCCUAGUCGCAUCUCUCUGCCAUUUAGUGGACUCUGAAACGUGUCCCUUGCCACAAGGCUUUGGGAGUGAUGGGAAGUCAACAUGUCAAUAGGAGGCAUUCGCAAAUAAAUUGCAGUAAUUCGCUGCCUUCGAGUUGCAGGAGUCAGGAGGUGUGAGAUCUUUCUGUCGCCCAGCCUUUCUCCAAAGUUUUUAAUUUGUGUAUUGGAUGCAGUUCUGCCUAGCAAGGGCAGUGUAGAUGCCAGAGAGGCAUGUAAAAAGUACAAAACAUGGCCACAGAAUUCACUUUCCGGCUUCUGUGCUUCUAAAAAGCAAGUUAUUGUCCUUUAUUGUGGUUGUGCCCAGACCAUAUAUUUAAAGCACAUGAUAUUCACCAGAGAAUCUUGGGGAAUGUAGUUUAACCCCACAGAGUUACAGUUCCCAGGAUUCUUUGAGGGAAGCCAUGUCCUUUAUAAAUGGAUGGUAUGUACAGUGCCAUAAAUACAAAUAAUUAAACAAAAUCAUUUUUGUCUCACCCUUCUUCCCUAAGAAGAUCAGAACUGAAGAAAUUAAAAAGAGCCCAUAUAAAAUGAUAGCAGCAUGGCAUCCAAAAUACCUAGGAGAGCUCAAAAGCCUGUUUUUUUAAAAAACUAAAAAAGCAGCGAGGGAGCCAUACAAAUUUUCUGCGGGUGGGACUUCCAGAAGCAACCCUGUCAUGUUUAGCAACCCUACAAAUACCUGAGAGAAAAGCAAGAUGGGUGCCUUGUGGAAGAUCUUGAUUCUCAGGCAGAGGUAUGUGAACAAAAGUCAUCCUUUGGGUAACCUGGACCCAAACUGUUCAGGGCUUUAUAGAUUAAAAACAACACUUUGAGCCUGUAUUUGGAAAGGAAUAGGUGGGCAGUGGGGUGGGGGAAGGGGAUAACAUGAACUUUGCAUCACGCCUUCAUGAGGGUGACCAAAAAACAUGCUUGAAGUCUUCCCCAUCUCUGCUCACGGGGGUAUUUUCUUUCAAGUCACUUUGUUAAAAUUCAUAUCUGCUUCAGUGUCUAUUUUCAAAAACAUCCUCGGUUUCCUUUCACCAGGGUCGGCCCAAGACAUGUUGGCACCUGAGGUGAACCACAAAAUGGCACCCACACACAUCAGGGAAGAAAGAUCUACAUCAGGAAAAGGAGGGGCAGGGAUAAAUAUAUACAUUUGGAUCUACUGCCCCUAUGGAUCUUGCCACCUGAGGCAGCCACCUCACCUUGCCUCAUGUGUGGGCUGGCAAUGCCUCUACCUAUUCUCCAUGUUAUCCUUACCCAGGUGCACCUAUCACCUUUUGAUGCCCUUAUUAGAGACUAGAAAAAUAUCUGUCAUUAUAAUGGGCCUAUAAAGAAACAAGGGAAGAGAUGUCAACCAUACUUGGAGGUCAUUUAGUCCUCUGUUCUUGAAACUUUGCACCAAUCAUAUCCCACAGAGCAAAUUUUGAGCUGGAACAUUGGUUAGUGGGAGUGUACUUUCCUGGUUGAGUCUCUGACACCUUCAGUUAAAAAGGGGUCUAAGGCAGUAGAGCUAGAAACUUCCUGGCCCGAGUUGGUACUUCUGGGCUAAGAGCUCCAAUGGUCUGAUGACCCAGAACCAUGUUUCCUAAUCCAUUUCCAACAGCACAGCAGCUAAUUUGCAGAAUCUGCCAUAUCUUUGGUUCAAUAAAGGGACUUUCAGAAGGUCAGAACUUAUGAGAUCAGCCUGUAGCUUGGUGCUUUAAAAGAAUUUGGCACCCAUUGCAAAGGAAGCUGAUUUUCAGUUCCACUGAGACCAUGGGAUUACGUCAAUUUGCUAUGUCUCUCAAGACAGCCAAUUGAAAAAACAUCUAGACUUUGAUAGGACGGAGGGGCAAAUCUCCUCAAUGCUUCCUAAAUGGUUGAUGUGAAAGGUUUCAUAGCAAUUUAUUUGAGUGAGUUGUGGGGGUUUUUUUAAAAAAAUGAAGCUGUUGAAAUUAGAAAUGCAUUAAGGUUUAAAUAUUUAAUGAUUUUCUUUGUGUCUUUGCUGAAAUCUGUGAUAGCAUCUCUGAAGUCUUCAAAACCGUAGUGCUUUAUUCCUUCUCAGUUACAUUAUAUGCGUAUUUCUUACGAUUAUGCUCUGCUACAUACCUGGCACUUUAUAACCCCUGUUAAAUUAUAUGCAUCUCUGGAUAGUUUGCUUUGAGGAAACACCAUGAAAUGAAAGCUUAGAAGGGCAAGAAACACUCCCUUGUUGGCAACUGUAGUGGGUGCACUGUUGUCUCUGAGCAGAGACACACAGGGGCAUAGCGUGUUUUGCUGACACCCGGGGCGGCAGGCAGGGUGGAGCGCAUUUGCCCAGCUCUCACUGCCCACACUGCUGGGUGGGUACUCACACACUGGGCAGGGGUGGGUGCAGAGGGUACUCUUCACUGCUGGAGUCAGGCAAUGCGCAAUGUGGGGAGCACCUGGUUUGCCCCCCCCUCUGAUUGUGCUCCGGUCCUGGGGCAAUGCCCCCCUUGCCCCCCAUGCUAUGCCACUGGAGACACGUGACACAUCGUGGCAGUGUCAUGAUGCCCUUCCAACUUCCCUUUCUCUGGAUGCUGAGCUUCUGGCGGCUUGGGACAACUUUUCCCUCCCCUCAACUGCAUCCCAGAUUACUGUAGAUAUUAUUUAAGCCAACAGAGCUUGAUCAGGCUCGCUGAGAACAAAGCCAUCCCCUUUCCCCAUAGAACUUCUGCAGUACCAUGUAGCAGAAUAACCCAAAUAAUCCUCUGCAGGUGACAUUAGAUAUAUUAUGGAGAUGCUUCUCAUUCAAAGGCCUGUGUGAUGAUUCUGCUGCUCUGAAACCCACUGUGGGCAGCCUGUUCAGCCCAGACAACCUGCACUCCCCAUUGUCACUUGGCUGCCCUCCCACCUGUUGUUGCCAAAAUGCUAGAAAGGGUCAUCCCUGCUGCUCACUCACCACUGCUUUCUCUCUUCUUUCUCUGCCUGUAUCUAUUUCUGUUGCACACUGUGUGUUUGCUGGCUUGCCCCAGUACAGAUUGAGAGUAUUCUUCAGUGUCAAAGCGCUGCCAUUAGGAACUCCUCUUUAUAUUCAUCCUCAUUUACUUCAUCUCAGUCCAUUGAUCUUGGCCAUUUUUCAUUUCUUCAAGCAUUCUCAGGGCUCAUCCACACUUUUCCCUCACCACAUAUUUUGAUUGUAUUGUGUACCGAUUAAUUCCCCCAGGCCCGAGAGCUUUUCUCCUUCUUCCGCAGUCAUGCCUUGCAAAAAUCUGAUCUUACACCCUGACUUGAAGCAAAAUCCCUCCUCGGAAUUUCCGCACAUCUUGUAAGAUUCGAUUCAGCGGGUAAGAUUGGAGUAUUGCAAGGCGCAACUGCAGAGCAACAAUAAAAGCUUUUUGACCCGCCCAUGGGAAUUAAUUGAUACACAAUACAAUCAAAAUGUGGGUCAAGCAAAAGUGUGGACACGCCCACAGUAUUUCUGUCAUAGUAAAGCGGGUAUGUGGGACGCGGGUGGCACUGCGGGUUAAACCACAGAGCCUAGGACUUGCCGAUCAGAAGGUCAGCGGUUCGAAUCCCCACGACGGGGUGAGCUCCCGUUGCUCAGUCCCAGCUCCUGCCAACCUAGCAGUUCGAAAGCAUGUCAAAGUGCAAGUAGAUAAAUAGGUACCACUCCGGCAGGAAGGUAAAUGGCAUUUACGUGCGCUGCUCUGGUUCUCCAGAAGUGGCUUAGUCAUGCUGGCCACAUGACCCAGAAGCUGUACGCCAGCUCCCUCGGCCAAUACAGCGAGAUGAGCACCGCAACCCCAGAGUCGGCCACGACUGGACCUAAUGGUCAGCGGUCCCUUUACCUUUACCUUUAAAGCGGGUAUAUCCAGGUGCACCUCAGAUUGGGGAGAUUGGGCACCGUGUUUCUGUGCUGCUGAUCCCACACACUCCAGACCCACAAAAUUAUUCAUCCCUGGGGUGGUGCCCUACUGACCUGUGCCGGCUGCAAGGUUGCAUGACUGGAGACUUUCUUCCAUGAGUGGAGGGCAGUAUUUCACAGGGAAAGAUCCCUGCUUCUAGUGCCAGAGAAAUCUCUCCCAGUGCAGGGCAGAGGGCAGGGAUGCAUCGAAGAGGAAUGAGCAGAAUGGUUCAGGUUCUAGGACCCAGAGAUGCCUGGCAGGAGACAGUGUGUCACAAUGUGCUGAAGCUGGGAAAGGCCCCUACCUGAGAUGGAGACAGAAUGGCCUCAAGGAGUCAGGAAUGGAAGAGAGUUGGGGUGGGAAGGCAGGAAACCUGUCUGGCACCCAGCUGAAAAUUAUUGGUUUGACUGCUACCCAAUAGCAUUGUUGCCCUGCAUUUUUUCUGCUGUGCAUUCUGAAAAAGAAAAAGAAAUCUCAAGAAAUUGACAUAUUUUCACAUAGAGAGGGGAUGCAGGGCUUCAUCCCACUUAAAAAUACAAAAACAAACUUCCUAUCAAGAAGAUGGGUUGCACCUAUUUGGGUUGAAUAGCGACAAGGUUUUCCCAUCCAAGUAUGUGUUAAAUAGCAGAGCAAUUGAUUGUGGAUUUCGCCCAAAACUGCUGUUAUGAACGACCACUCUGCUUGGUUUUUUUAUACCCAAGCUUCAGCAGAAUUUUUGCAGACUGUACAUUUUACAUUUGAUGACCAGUUGACCUCACUGUUUACAAUUUCUUUUCCCUUUCUGUGCCUGUGUAACACACACAUAUCCUGGACUGCACACCUUGCAGACUUUUUUCUGGAACUAGAGUGGCACCUAAUAAAUGUUCCGUAUCCAUAGGGAAAGGGCUAUAGCUCGGCCACAGAGCAUCUGUUCUGCAUGCAGACGACUCCAGGUUCAGUCUUUGGCAUUUCUGGGUACUGCCAGAAACCCUGGAGAGUUGCUGAUAGUCUGUGUAGACAGUACUGAACGCAUGGCCCAAGUGUAAAGCAAUGCGCUACACUAAUAUAUCAACAAAGCAGAAGAGAGGAGAGCUGCUGUACAGGUUCAAAGCUGAAGCAGAGAGAUGUGUAGAAAGAACAGCCCAAGGUCAUCCAAGGUUCCCAGCUGAGCCAAGAGUUUGAUCCCGAGUCUUUCCCUCCAUACCGAUCCCUUCAUCCAGUUGACGGUGUUUGGCUGCGAGGCUCGGAUUCCAUCUGGCACCGCUGAAUGAUCAACAAGCCCAUCCUCAUCCUGUGGGCGCCCCGUCUGCUUUAGUUAAGAGAAGCUGCCUGGAGGCACACAGCCUGCCUUUCUCCCUCUUAAUCAACCCCGGGCUGAGGGCCGUGGAGUGAAAUCGAGGCGGAUAGCAGCUUAUUGCUCUUUAACUUUUCUAUUACCAACCAAACUGCUUAUGCCUCCAAUAAAACAGCCACCGCAGCUGGUUAACAGCCUUCCCCCAAGAGGUGUGUGAUUGCAGGCACAGGGCAAUAGCUUCCGGAAGCCCUGGUAAUGGAAGCAAAGAGGACUUGACAUUUCCCCUAAUGUGGCAUAACCAGAUGUUUCCCUUUGCCUCGUUUUAUGCUUCUUCCAAAUCAUUUGCUUUGCAAAAAAAAAAAGCAGCACAUUUCUCUGUUUUCCCCUUGCAUCUCACAAGCGCUCUGAACCAUAUCAUCCUCUUGGAUCUUCCGUACCUGAGGUGGUCCCCUGACACCAAGUCCCCAAGAUGAGUAUAGGAAAUAAUGCUUUGAAGAAACCACUCAGUUCCCCUUGCUCAGAGCCUGGUGUCAGUGAGGUUCCCUGGGAGGCUGCCAAACUCCCCUUUCUCUCCUUUGAUUUAUUAAUGGCAAAUGAGCUAUUAUUAGGACUCAUGGCUCUGGUCCCUCUGGAGAAUGAGUCUCGUGGUAGCAGAUUUCUUUCUUCAAAUGCAACAGGAGUGCAGACUCAAAUGACUGGCUGCAUUGCCUUUAAUCCUUCUUAGAGACUAAUAAUGAGGGUGCAGUUAUGAGAGUUUUGCAACCAAUCACAGAAAAUCCUGCAAUGAGGAGGUCCUGCAAUUUUUAGAUGAACCACUCCAACACAUUAUGCCUUGUCAACCUCUUAUCUAAAGGUGGGCAGUUGAGAAAAACUCAUGUAAUUUAUGUCUGGGGAAGUGAAGUGAUUUAAAUCAGUUUUGGCUGGGGGCUGUUGGGAAACCAAGGCGAACAACAGUAGGCAGAGCCAGAAACAAUGGCAGGCAGAGCCAGUGAAUUCUAGUUGUGUCCCCAUCCUCCUCCUGGCUGAGUUCUGCAAGGGGAAACACUUGGACGAAGGAGGAGGAGGACAACCACAUGUGGUGGUUGUGUAAAGUAAUUAAGAAAUUCUGGGAAAUGAUCUAUAAUGAACCAAAAAAAACCAAACUUAAGAGAAUAUCUCCCAAGAAACCAGAAGCUUUCCUUCUGGCAAUAGUAACCACAGAAGUCUCUCUCUCUCUCUCUCUCUCUCUCUCUCUCUCUCUCUCUCUCUCUCUGCACUUCUUGCACAAAAAUGGGAAACAGAAGUAGUACCGACCAAAGAGGAACGGCACUUUAAGUUGUUGUAAUAUGCAGAGUUAGCAGGUCUGACUAGUAAGAUAAGAGAACAAGAUGAUCAAGAAUAUAAAAAGGAUUGGAAAAUGUUUGUGGAGUAUUUUAAAAAUCCGUAUAAACAAGUGAACAGAUUAGCAGGACUUGAAUAAAUUCAGUAGUAUAAGAGGAAGAGAAAAUUAAUAAAACUUGGUAACUUAGAAUAUGCAGAACAGAGAGAAAAGAAAGGACACGAGAGACGGAGAGGAAGGAAAGUCCUUAGGUGUCUUUUGUUGUGUCCUUGAUUGGUUGUCGUUUUCCUUUCAUUUUUUCCCUUUUAAUUUAUCCUUAUUCAUUUUGAACUGUAUGUAAAAAAAAAUGCAAAUAAAAAUUACUUUUUUAAAAAAAGGAGGAGGAGCCUAACAGACAGUGCCACCCUCUGGACUGGGUAGCCAGCUGGGUGGCCAAAUCAUGGUUAUACAGCAGCCAUAGGCAAACUCGGCCCUCCAGAUGUUUUGAGACUACAAUCCCCAUCAUCUCUGACCACUGGUCCUGUUAGCUAGGGAUGAUGGGAGUUGUAGUCCCAAAACAUCUGGAGGGCCGAGUUUGCCUAUGCCUGUUAUACAGCAAAGCUUGGAAGAUUGAGGGCACACAGUGCAUUGUUAAACUAUGGCACUUGCUCUGAUGGCCAACAGCUCAGACUGCUUUAAAAGAAGAUUGGACAAAUGCAUGGAAGAGAAUUCUAUCAAUGGUUACUAGCCAGGAUGGCAACACUGCCUGCAUGCUCAGAGGCAGUAACAGGCGGCAUUGUGGGGAGGGGGGCGAGCUGCUGGGGUGAUGGCCCAAGGUGCCUUUUUGGGGGGAUACUGCUCACGCCGCCCUGCCAGUCCUGCGCCGCUUUGCAAGUCUGGGAUCUGAUCUGAAUGAUUCUUCAGGAGAAUCAUGCAGACCAGAUUCCAGCAUUGCAAAGCGGCGCAGGACUGGCAGGGUGGCAUGAGGAGGAUGCAACAGCCAUGUGCUCUUUGGUCAUGCCCUCACUUCUCAUGCCACCCUGCCAGCCCCAAGUCACUUUGCGAGCCUCAGUGGCGAGGGCUGGGCUGGUGUGGCAGGCUCCGUUCACCCUCCACCCCAGGUGCCAGCAAACCAUGCUAUGCUACUGGUCAGUAGUGCUUCUGAACCCCAGUUGCAGGAAGCCGCAGGAGGGGAGAGUGUUCUUGGGUCCUGUUUAUGGAUGUCCCACAUGCAUUUGGCUGCCCACUGUGGGAAUAGUUUACUAGCCAUUGGCCAGAUCCAGUAGCAUCUUUUAUGUUCUUAUUAUUUGGGCAUCUUGCACUUUAUUACCAUUUAAUUUUCCUUUUGGAAAAUGCAUUCACCACUUGGAGGGGAGUUUUUCAGAAAGGAUCAGUUUAUCUACAUUUUAUCACCACUGUCACCACCUCUGUAUCUUAAAAGCAAAUCCAGUGGAUGCUUUUGUCCAAUGUAACAGGCUGCUAUGACAUGAUGUUAUGACUAGCUGUUAAGUAUAAGAAAAAGGCAGCUGGGGAGGUGGCAGGAUGAGGCCCCAUUCACCCUAAUGCACCAGCCUCCACCAUUGUGUGUAUUCCCUGGAUGAUUUAUAUAUACAUUUUCCUUUCUCUCCUCCUUUCAGGUUCCCCAUUUCAAGGUUGCCCCCGAAGAAUUCCUCAAGCUCCAGUUCCAGAGAUUCACGACUUUGAACCUCCAUCCCAGCAACACUGACAUCAGCGUGGCUGUUGCUGGGAUCCUGAAUUUCUUUAACUGCACCACUGCCUGCCUCAUCUGUGCCAAAGCUGAAUGUAAGUUGCUUUGGAAGGCUGCUCACAGAGCCAAGCGUCCACCCUGUGGCGUUCCAAUUUGUACAAAUCGUCAAGACAGUGAUGGUUGA